ACAGUAUAUGGGUAAAUUUUUUUGCCAUAGGCACGCCAAAUUGCCCAUACCUCAGUGUAUGUGUACUACUUAUAUCGACGCUCUGUCUGGCCAUAUAUUAGGAAUAUAAACACAGACUAUGUUCCAGCGAUGAUGACCAUCAUUCAACCACCGGCUAUGGCGAUGGCGAUGGCGAUGGCGCUGCUGCUGCUGCUGCUUCUGCAGCUGUGGUCGGUGGAAGCGCAGGUCGCAGCGCCGCCGCCGGCGAGCUGCCCGGACAGGUGCGGCGACGUGAGCGUGCCGUACCCGUUCGGCAUCCGCGACGGCUGCCACCUCCCGGGCUUCCGCCUCACCUGCGACGCCACCCACACCCCGCCGCGCCUGAUGCUCGGCAACGGCACCCUCCAGGUCGUCGACAUCUCCCUGGCCAACUCCACCGUGCGCGCCCUCGACCUCGCCGGCGCCGUCAACUUCACCUACGACGUGUCGAAGCUCGCCCCCAGCGGCAGCGGCACGUGGUCCAGCCUCGGCACCGUCGCCGGCGCCGGCCCGUACGUCGUCUCCGAGCAGCGCAACCGGCUCGUCGUCACGGGCUGCAACGUCCAGGCCACGCUCGCCGGGGAGAACACCAACAUCAUCGGCGGCUGCUCCUCCUUCUGCCCGGUCAGCGAGAUGUUCACCAGCGUGGCGGCGACCGUCCCCGUCGUCCCCGGCGCCGGCGCCGACAACGCCACCGAUGGCGGCUUCAUCUGCUCCGGCACCAGCUGCUGCGAGACGCCCAUCGCCAUCGGCCGCCCCUCCUACCUCGUGCAGUUCCUCAGCCUUGACCAGAACCAGGAGCUCACCGGCAAGCUCCCCGUCGCCGUGCGCAUCGCCGAGCGUGGGUGGUUCGAGGGCGUCGCCGGCGAGCUGCUCAACACCAGCUCCGACUCCGCCGCCGCCCUCCGGACGCCGGUCCCGGUGGUGCUGGAGUGGGUGGUGUCGCCGACGCUGGAGGCGGUGCUGCAGGGCGUCACCGGGCAGUUCGCCGACGACCGCAACUGGUCGUGCCCCGCGGACGCGGCGAGGAGCGCAUGCCGGAGCAGCAACAGCUUCUGCAGCAACGUCACCGGCAACUACCGCCGCGGCUACGUGUGCAGGUGCCGGCGAGGCUACGGCGGGAACCCCUACGUCGCCGGCGGAUGCCAAGACAUCGACGAGUGCAAGCUCGCCGGGAGGUGCUACGGCGAGUGCACCAACACGCCGGGAGAUUACCAGUGCCGGUGCCCGCGCGGCGCUCGUGGCGACCCGCGCAUUCCAAACGGCUGCGUCAAAACUAAUCUAGGUUUAAGUGUUGGUAUUGGAGUUGGCAGUGGAGCUGGGCUUUUGGUAAUGGGACUGGGCGCUGCCUUUUUAAAACGUAAGGUUAAGAAACAGAGAGCAAGAAUGCUGAGGCAGAAGUUCUUCAAGCAGAACCGAGGUCAUUUGUUGCAACAACUAGUGUCUCAGAAGGCUGACAUUGCUGAAAGGAUGAUCAUCCCCUUGUCAGAACUGGAGAAGGCCACAAACAAUUUUGAUAAAUCACGUGAGCUUGGAGGAGGGGGGCACGGCACCGUGUACAAAGGGAUUUUAUCGGAUCUUCAUGUUGUCGCGAUCAAGAAAUCUAAGGAGGCAGUUCAAAGAGAGAUUGACGAGUUCAUAAAUGAGGUAGCCAUUCUCUCGCAAAUCAACCAUCGUAAUGUGGUCAAACUUUUUGGAUGUUGUCUUGAGACAGAAGUGCCAUUGCUGGUUUAUGAAUUCAUAUCAAAUGGUACCCUUUACCACCAUCUUCAUGUUGAAGGACCAAUGUCAUUGCCAUGGGAAGAUAGGCUCAGAAUUGCAACCGAAACCGCUAGAGCACUUGCCUACCUUCACUCAGCUGUGUCGUUCCCUAUAAUCCACAGGGAUAUCAAAUCCCAUAACAUCCUAUUAGAUGGUUCACUAACAACAAAAGUGUCCAAUUUUGGAGCUUCAAGGUGCAUUCCAGCUGAACAAACUGGGAUAACAACCGUUGUUCAAGGAACACUAGGAUAUCUGGACCCCAUGUACUACUACACAGGGCGUCUCACUGAGAAAAGCGAUGUUUUCAGCUUCGGCGUCGUUCUAAUAGAGUUGCUUACUAGGAAGAAACCAUACUCAUACAGAUCGCCUGAUGAUGAAAGUCUUGUAACACAUUUCACUGCCCUACUCACACAAGGCAACUUGGGCGACAUACUUGAUCCUCAGGUCAAGGAAGAGGGAGGCGAAGAAGUUAAAGAGAUAGCUGUGUUAGCUGUGGCAUGUGCCAAGCUGAAAGUAGAGGAGCGGCCUACUAUGAGGUAGGUGGAGAUGACACUCGAAAGUGUUCGAUUGUCAUCACAGCAGCAAGAGCAUGGUGUGGGUGCAAAGAAAUCCAGGGAGAAUCAUGUCUCCUGGAGCUACCCGGUAAGUGAGGGUACAAGUACACAAUCAACUAGACAAUAUAGCCUUGAAGAAGAGUAUUUGUUGUCAUCAAGGUUUCCCAGAUAAUGGAUUUUUUUUUCUGGAGUGGUUUUGGAUCAAUAGAAAGAGUUGUCACAAUGUACAAGGCAUAUGAUAUGCAUGAUUUUCAUAGCUAAAUGUGCACUGUUUUAUUGUUCUUCUUAUGAAUAUGUAUCUUCCUACUGGUUUCUUCCAAGUACAUGUCAAAUUACCCUCUGUAUUCAACUGAUACUGUGAAGUAAGAGCAUAUAAAAUUCA